UACCCUCACCUUCCCUACUUUUCUAAUCAUCAAUCUCUCUUCUUCUUCUUUUAACUGUUUUUUUUUCUUUCCCCAUUCUCAUAGCUUUCAUCAUCUUCAAAUGGCUAAAUCACUUGUCAUUGUUAUGUUAUGUUUUCUCUUAGUAAUUGUUUUACUUGGAGAAAUCCAGGCAUCAAGCCCUUCUCAAAAACAAAGACAAGGCAACCAUGGAAAUGGAAUGUAUGGUGCCACCCAAGGGAGCCUUCGUCCUCAAGAGUGUGGUCCAAGAUGCACACAGAGAUGCUCAGCUACAGCAUACAAGAAACCAUGCAUGUUCUUCUGCCAAAAGUGUUGUGCCAAGUGCUUGUGUGUGCCUCCAGGCACUUACGGCAACAAACAAUCUUGCCCUUGCUACAAUAAUUGGAAGACCAAGAGAGGAGGCCCCAAAUGCCCUUAGAUCCCUAACUAUAUCUAUGUUGUUCUCUAGUUAAAGUGCUUAAUUAUCCAAUUAUAGGCCAUCGAUCUUCUUCUUUUUUCCCUAAAUUAAUGAUGGUAAAUUGUACUAGUAUUUCCUUUUAAAGGAAGUAUGUGCUUUGCAUUUAAAAUUUGGUUUUUGGGUAAGGUAUCUAAAAGAUGGGAAGUGUCUUUUUUGUAACGCAACUAAUAUGAAAAUGAAUUAGUAAAA